UCUGUUUCUCUAACUGAUUACCGGCUUUAUAGGUUUAUUCUAUUAUAAACAUUUAUCUUAUUAACGCAACAUCGAAUUGUUUUCAUUGAUCUGAUCAUUGAUCUGUCGUUGAACUUAUAGAUCGUUGCUAUCAAACAACCUACGUUGUAUCAUCAAAAAGUGCUACGAAGUUCAUUUACAUUGUUUUCUGUUACUUAAAAAAAAAAAAAAAAUCUCUCUCACUCGUACGAUCGAUCUCGUUAAAUAAAUAAAAAAAGAUGUGGAAAAUGUAUAAGAAGAUUAAAUAUUAAUCGGUGACAAUAAAUAGUGUGAUAGGAGGAACUCUAUUCGAGUGAUUCUCGAUAUUAUUAUUAUUAUUAUUAUUAUUAACGAACAAUCGCGUAUUAUUUUUUGGUGCAGUGAAAAAUUAUCGAUUAUCUUCGUGACAAUUCAACCGAGCCUUCGAUAUCGUGAUGAAGCUGCACGAGAAGAAGGAAUCGGGUAUCCACAGGAUACAAGAGGUACCCCUAGAGGAGUUGGAUCUUGCGAAAGAGUACAAUGUGGAAAAGACUUUAGGGGAGGGUAGUUUUGCUAAGAUACUUCUUGCAACCCAUAGAGCAACUCAAACGAGGGUGGUUUUAAAAGCGGUCCAUCAGGAACUCACCACCGAAAAAGAUUUCUUUCGGGAAUUCCAUUAUUCUUAUCACCUGAGUCCACAUCCGAGUAUACUCUGUUCUUAUGCGGUUGCUUUCAAGGCCGAAAAAUGUUACUUCUUCGCUCAGGAAUACGCCCCGUUCGGAGAUCUAUCCGGAAAUGUAAAAGCUGGUGGACUCGGCGAGGAUGCAUGUAAGAAAAUCGCAGGACAAUUGGCUUCGGCACUCGACUUCCUUCAUUCCAAACAAUUAGCACAUCGAGAUAUUAAACUCGAAAAUGUUUUGGUAUUCGCCCAAGACAUGUCAAAGAUAAAGCUCUGCGAUUUUGGUAGCACCAAACGCGAGGGUAGUCUGGUGAAUAAAAUCCGUUGCACUUGGGUACCAUUUCAACCACCUGAAAUUUACGAAGUGAUCAAGAACGAAAGGUACGCCUGUAAGAGGAGUGCCGAUUGCUGGCAAUUCGGCAUAGUUUUGUUCGUUUGCCUGACCGGUAAUCCACCCUGGCAGAGUGCUGACCUGAUCCAAGACCCGGACUAUUCGGGUUUUCAAAGAUGGCUCAAAAGACGGACCACCAAGAUACCACCGACUUUUCGACGUUUCACGCCACGUCUGUUGAGGUACUUUAGGCGAGCCUUCGAGCAUAAACCUGAAAAGAGACCGCACGUUACGGAGAUCAAUAAAUAUUUAAAGGAUUCAUGGUGCAUCAGUAAAAUCAGUCACAGUGCUACGUCAACGUCGGUAGACGUGAACGAGAGUCUGGCAAGGAGAGGAGACAGUCUUUUGUAUUUGGACACGAUCGUUGACGACCGUCACAACGUUGACGAGAACAAAAACAAAUUGAGGAAACUUCUCAACAGUUACGGUCUAGAAACUACGGUAGAUCAAAAGGUUGUUACCAAGAGGAUCUGGGAAUGGGUAAUGCAAUGCGAUUCAACCAUCCACGAUCCCAGUUUCAUCGGUGGAUUUGGUACGGAGAAUAUGUGAGAGAUGGUUAAAUCUUUCAGCGAACCCUGCUUGAGGAACAUCAAGCAGGAACGCAAGUUCAGCUUGGCCGAGCUCGAUCUGCAAGUCGAGUGUGCGAAAUAAUGCCCCGUGCCGAAUAAGCUUAAGUUAGUAAGGCCGGUAGUGGUGGUGGUGGUGGUGGUAGUGGUGGUGAUGGUGUAGUAAGCGAACGAACUUCUUCAUUAUCCAAUCAACGUGGCGGACGUCUCGAGUGCAAUUUUCUGCAUCGAUCGGCCCUUCCAACGUGUUCAGUAAAACGUGUGAUAAACUUUAUCGAACGGAACGAUAUAAUCGAUUAAACUCUCUUCGCAUUAUUUUGAAAUCGUUCAUUGUGAAAACAAUGACGAGAUCGUAAGUCAUGUGACUGCAAUAAGAAUCUAUGACUUUCUCAAAUAUGUUAUUAAUAACGAGAGAAACCGAAAGAGGAAGGAAGAAAAAUAUAAGAGAAUGUUUUAAGUAGUAAGUACUACUUAAGUGCAACUUCAAAUGUUCUCCCUAUAUUUUUCUUUCCUUAACUGUACGAAAGAGUAUAGAAUGUAGAUAAUUAAAAAAAAAAAAAUAAUAAAAAGAAAAAAAAUGAAUGUGAUAUAGAGGAUGUAGUGAUCGUGACACGUACACAGUAAUAAGGAUAACCAAGUGUCAGUCAGCACGCCAGCCCCAAAAAAGAGACAAUAAUAAAUGCCAGACGAAAGUUUAAAUAGUCAAAUACACGUGUCUUUGUAAAUCAUUUAAACCCGUAGAUUAUAAUGGAAACGCGAAAAUUUGCCGCGAUUUAGUACGAAUUUAAUCGGUCUCACCAAACUUUUCUUCUUCUCUUUUAGAUUUUAUUUUUCUCGCGUGUUCGUCCCCCCUUCUUUCUAUUUUCCACGAGAUAUCGAGGUCAAGAUAUUAAUUACUAUUUUCAAAUUAACGCGAUAACUUGACGAUGCUUCAAAGUAUUGGAUAUAGAUACUUAAUUAUUAUUCGAAUGUAUCAGUAGAAUUAAUUCUUUUCUAAUGUCAAUAAUAAACAAAAAAAAAAAAAAAAAAAAACAAUUCUAAUUCUAGCAAAAAAUAUUUCAAGAAAUAAUAAUUAAUCACUCCAAUAUUGAACCUUUUCCUUACGACACGUUUUUACGCGAAUAUCGUUUCAUACUUCGUAUGAACGAUCCGUAUAUGGGUCAACAGUAACGAAAGGGUUAAUCAACAAAUUGAGCACGAAAAAUCUUGACUAGGCAAUCUUAAUCUACCGAGUAAGUACUUUUAAAACAUUCGAGAAAAAAAAGCUUGUAUUAUUAGAUUAAAUUACCAAACAAAAAGCAAAACGGAUGCUGCGAGAUCAUCGACAUAGGAAGUUUGAUUGUUGUAUAAUCAAUAGAAAUGAAGAUGCAUUAUGUAUAUACGAUAUAAUAUAUUAUAUUAUAUAUAUACACACACAUAUUAUACAUACAUAUAUUCUUGUAGAAAUUUAUAAUAGGAUGUAGAAAAUUAAGAAAAAAGUAAUGAUGAGAAAUUAGAUACGUCGUUCUUUAAACGACUAAUGUAAAUAGAAGAAGAAAAAAACAGGUUUAAAUCUAGAGAGUAAUUCUGCCUAAAGAAAAAUAACAAAUAAUUCCGAAUUCCGAACGUGUGUGCACCGACAAAAAAAGAGGAAAAAGAAGAAAAAAAAGAAAAAAAGAAAAAGAGAGAGAAAAAAAGUACGAAGAAUAAGAAAAAACGUGAACAAAUAAAAUAUAAAUCAGGAUUUAAUUCUCGGACGAGAAAAAUUCGCGAGAAAAAUGAUGAAUUGGCAUUUAUUUAGGUGCCAACUAUUAGUAGUACUUAUCGCGUUCCAAGAUUAAAAUAAAUAUUAUCUUUUAUACGCUAUUUCAUUACAUAGCUAUACAUGCUAAUCUAUAAUAAUUGAAUUCUAUAUUUUAUCGUAACGAAAAUUUGUCUGUUGUGUCUCAAGCAUGCAUAACUAAGAAUUUAUUAUCCCUUCAAAUAAAUCUACUCUUUAAAUAAGAUCGAAAUAAUCGAUCAUAUUUAACGCGCGUCAUGCAAAAAACAAUUUCACAAUCUUCAUUGACCGUUGCAAAAGCAUUUCUACAUACUUUCAAAAAAAAAAAAAAAAAAAAAAAAAAAAAAAAAAAAAAAAAAAAAAAAAAAAAAAAAA